ACCUAUCAUUUUAAGUUAUUUUCGAUCCAAAAUUUUCUUCUCAGUAUUAUUAUUUAGCACUACUGUUUAUUUUUGUCCAUAACUUUUCAUUUUGUUUACGAUUAUCUUUAUGUUAUGUGGAAAAGGUAUCUAUAGUUUGUCCGUAAAUUUUGAUGUUUUCGUGAUUUCCUAGUUAAUUAUGCGUAUUAUGUGACACUAUUGUUGUGUUAUGAUGGCCAUCUACGAUGAAGGACAUUUGACGCAUUAAUAUUCUAAAUGUGUAUGUAAAUAUUUCUGGUUCACACAGUUUGAUCGAUUUUAUGAAAAAAAUCUUUAAGCCUUUAGGCUAUGAUAUUUCAAUGUGAACUGAAUCUUUCACAGAUUGACUUUAAAAAUGUCGAGAAGAUGGUUCCAUUCACACUUGAAUGGUAUGGAUGCCCAGCGUAUUCUUUUGGAUGAUGGAGUGGAAGGAUCAUUUUUAGUAAGAAAAUCUUAUAGCAGAAAAGGACAAUUUGUAUUAUCAGUCAGGCAUGGUAACAAAGUCAAUCAUAUAAAAAUUCAUAAUGAUAAUGAUCUUUUUGACCUUAAUGGAGGAGAAAAAUUUUCUACUUUAACAGAUCUUAUAGAAUACUAUAUGACACAUCCCCAUGUACUUAAAGAACAAGGGGGUAUUCCUUUACCAUUACUUAUACCGAUUGGAUCACCUGAACCAACAAACGAAAGAUGGUUUCAUGGUCAAAUUUCUAGAAAAGAAGCAGAGUACUUAAUUUUGGAAAAAGGAAGACCUGGUAGUUAUUUGGUUAGAGAAUCUCAAUCUGAUCCAGGCAACUAUGUUUUAACUGUAAAUGUAGAUGAUAAAGUAGCAGAAAUUAAGAUCCGAUUUAAUGGUGAAAAGUAUGAUAUUGGUGGCGGAGAAGAAUUUUUAUCAUUAAAUGAUUUAAUGAAAUUCUACAGUUUUAAUCCUAUGGUAGAUCAAAAUGGAUCAGUUAUACAUUUAAUGAAUCCAGUCAAUGUGACUCGAAUUAGUAUUGCUGGAAUUGUUGACCGUGUAUUUAAAUUAAAGCAUCAAAAAUAUCAGCAUUAUACUAUUGGAACUGGAGGUUUUUGGGAGGAAUUUGAUGUUCUACAACAAUGGGAAACUAAAAGAGAUACAACAAAAGAAAUUGGCUUCUUAGAUGAAAAUAAAUGCAAAAAUAGAUAUAGAAAUAUUCUACCUUAUGAUCAUUCUAGAAUUAUUUUGAAAAAUUCUGAUAAAAGUAUACCAGGUUCUGAUUACAUUAAUGCAAAUAUGAUCAAACUUGAGUUAUAUGCAUUAGCUGAUAACUAUGAGACACGUAACUACAUUGUUACACAAGGUUGUUUGCAGAAUACAAUUAAUGAUUUUUGGAAAAUGAUAUGGCAGGAGGAUUCUCGUGUAAUUGUUAUGAUAACAAAAUUAUAUGAAAAAUCUAAAGAAAAGUGUGCUAAAUAUUGGCCAGAUUUAGGUCAGUCGUGUGUUUAUGAUAAAAUUGCAGUUUUAAAUCUUGGUGAGUAUGCUCAUCAACAUGAUAUGGUUGUAAGAAUGUUUGACUUGUCUAUUCCAAAGUGUCGUCACAGAAGAAUAUUUCAGUACCAUUACAUGGGUUGGCCAGAUCAUGGUGUUCCUUCAGAUGCUGGAUCUUUGCUUGAUCUACAAUUUGUAGUUAAUGCACGUCAAUUUAAUAUUGAAGCUGAAUCCGAUGUUUCUCAUCCAGUGACAGUUCAUUGCAGUGCAGGUAUUGGAAGAACUGGAACAUUUGUUGUGUUAGAUCUUCUUAUUGGUCUCAUCAAUCGUAAAGGUCUUGAUUAUGAAUUGGAUAUCCAACGAACUACCCAUAUGGUUCGAUCUUUUCGUCCAGGUCUUGUUCAAUCAGAAGCUCAAUAUCAAUUUAUUUAUACUGCUAUUAAUCAUUACAUUCAAACCAUAUGCUCAAGAAUAUCUGCAGAAAAAAAAAUUGAAAUGUUUGGCCGUGAGUAUUUGAAUAUAAAGUAUAGUGAUGAGCUGGCAACUUUAGUUGGUGAGGAAAAUGUACCUACUAUAAAUCCUUGUACAGCUCAUAGAGUUUUAAAAAAUGCAUUGACUUGUAAUACUUAUCCAACAACUGAUUCACCUUUGGUUUCACCUACAUUAGACAAAUCAAAUGUUGUUGAACUUCUUGGCUAUGAUCCAGGAAAACCAUGUACACCAUCUUCAACCAUAGUAGAUUCAUGUCCUAACUCGCCUACUUCUAAUUUAUUUGAAUUACAUUCCUAUGAAAACAUUACAUCGCCUUUAACAUCAAGUGAAUGUGAUAUUGGACCACCACCAAUUGAAGCACCACCUCCUCCACCCCAAUCACAUAUUAUUAUAUUAUAAUAUCAAUUAACACAAAACUUGUAUUUUUCUACCAUAAAAAUCGUAACAAUUUUUUUUAUUAGCAUAUUAGAUGUAUUUAUUUUUAUGUAAAUUUAAUUUAUAUAAUAACGUUUUUUUUUUUGUGGAAUUAAUUUUUUAUAAUUCAUUAUUCAUUAUUUAAUACCAAAAUGUGAAUAUUAAACAUUCCUGGUUUUUGACCAAUGAAGAGCGCCAAAUUGACAUUGUUUAACUUAUCAUUUAAUUGUUUAGUCAUUAGAAUAUUUACAUGUAAUAAAUUAUUAUUUAUUUAUAAACCAAGUGACUAAUCAUGAAGUUUAGUAUAAUGAAAGUAUUGUUAUAAUUGUUGUAUUAUUUAAAUGUUACAUUCAAUACAAAUUUAUGUUAUGAAUUAUUUAUAUAAAUGAUACCUUAAUCUAGUACAGGACUAAUAUUAUCUUAC